AUGUUAAGGACUUUACUAAAGAGAUCAUUUGCCUCCAAGGUAGACUAUUACCAAAUCCUAGGAAUCGAGCCAUCCGCCAAGCCAGCUGAGGUAAAACAAGCUUAUAGAGAAUUAGCCAAAAAGUUUCACCCUGAUAUUGCAAAAGACCCUACAUCCCAAGACAAAUUCAGACUGAUAACUGAGGCUUACACUGUCCUUCACAACUUAGAGACCAGGACCACAUACGAUCUCACCAAAGGCAGCAAGGACGAAAUUAAGUCAAUUUUAGAAAAAAGAAAAGACCAUCUCAACCUUGGUGCUACAAUCCCCAACUACCAGCCUCACGAAUACGGCUACAAGCGCCUCAAAGAGCUCGCAGAAGAAAGGAAAAAAUAUAACCUUGACAAGUUCUAUAACUUCCGUGGUGGAGUCCCACAAAAAGGAAUGGAAGCAGUCAGAGGAAAUUCUGUAGGACAGACUGGAGAAAGAGUCAAUACAUGGGCUAUGAACAAUUACGCAAAAGAUUGGCUAGCUAUUCCAAGGGAUUCUGAUUAUGUAGGGGAAACUGAAGCCCAGUCAUUCAAGAUGUAUAAAGAUCUAGACUAUCAUGUUCUUUCUAAAAGAAAACCUUAUAUGCCAGCUGAAAUUGAUUAUACGCUGACUGAGUUUAGAGUUAUUAAGAGCUAUGCGCUGUUUUGGACUAUCUUUGUAGCAUUCUUCGGAGGGAUUUAUUUCCAUGAUGAGAUUUUUAAACUUAUAGUUAAAUUACUUACUCUCCCCCAUUUAAUAACGAACACUUUUUUUGUUCGUUAUUAAAUGGAUCUAACUUAUAAAAUUUUUUUGGAAAAAAAUAUAUAUAAAUUUAUAUUAAAUAUCUAUGAAUUUUUUAUAUAAAAAUUUCAAUUAAAGAGUUAAUAAUAAAAGGAUUCAAAUGAUGGCAACAGAAAGAGAAAGCGCCUAAAUGAAAGCGAAAAGAUAACUAUUGCUAACUCCCCACCCCUCCGUGAGCGAACAAGACUAUUAGAAAAAUCCCUCACCCUCCGUUAGCGAAUAAAAUUGUUUUAAUAGAAAAAUUUUGUAUGGAAAAAAUUUUGAUAUAUAAAUGAUAAUUAUUAUAAUGAAAUCUGGAGAUAAUUCUGUUUAAUUUUAAACAAAUUACGUUUUAAAACAUAAAUUCUACAAAUUCAUUUAAUAUUUGCUUUCCAAUUUUUGCGAAUUAGGACUUUUUUAAAUUUCGAAAAAAAAAAAAUUUUUUAUAGAAUUUAUCCAAAAAAAAUUAACCCCCUUCAUAAGUGAACGAGAUUUUUUUGUUCACUCACGGAGCGGGGGAGUAAAGCACCAGCUUAAGAUUAAGCCACUAUUAACUUAUUAGCUCUUAUUUAUUAUUCUUUGCUCGAUUAUAUUUGUACUUAUCUUAUUCUAACUACUUAAAAUUAGUAAACUAUAAAGACUAAAUUAGCCUAUAUAAAUUUUAUAGUAAUUUUGUUCGUUAUUAAAUGGGGCCUAAGGAAAAAUUUUUAGGAAAAAAAAUGACGGUUUUGUUCGUUAUUAAAUGGGGGGGAGUUAGAGUGUUAGCGUGUCAACUGAAUCUGAAGGGUAAUUACAAAAGCUGCCAGGCUCGCCCGAAAUGGAAGCAAAAUUAGCGACGUCAUCCUUUUUAUCAGAUCGAAUGGCUAUCCUAAGCAAGUGACGGCUAGUUCACUUCUAGACUGCGGCGUUGCCUUGCUUUUCCAACUUGACUUCUGCAUGUGCUCAGCCUAAGGAUAUCGCUGCUCAGAAAUGUCAAGUAAUAAAGCCCUAUACCUCCUAAUUACCCUGGAUCAGAGUUCUUACAUUAUCCAUGAUAUUGUGGAUAAAAGAUUCACCAGUAAACUGAAUUUCAUAAAUAAAAUACCAUGAGGAAGAGAAAGUUAGAGCUUAUUCUCUCACACCAAAUGCCAUUUUAAUUAUAGAAAUUUUUAAGGCAGCAAAUAGACUGAAGAUUGAGAAGCUGAAAGAAGUUGCCAAGCAUGGAGGCGAAAAAAUUGAAUUGGUGGGGCUUAAAGCUGCAGCGUUUAAAGCUUAA